AACCCCAAUUCUUUCUUCCAUUUAUCUUCACGAUGGCCAAGCUCCAAUCGGAUCAGCUGAAGCAGCUCAAGGAAAUCUUCAUGCGCUUUGACAUGGACUCCGACGGCAGCCUUACCCAGCUGGAAUUAGCGGCCCUUCUUCGCUCACUCGGCCUCAAGCCCUCCGGCGACCAGCUCCACGUCCUUCUGGCCAACAUGGACGCCAACGGCAACGGCACCGUCGAGUUCGACGAGCUUGUCCAGGCAAUCUUGCCCGACAUGAGCGAGCAGGUGCUCAUCAACCAGGAGCAGCUCCUGGAGGUUUUCCGGUCCUUCGACCGCGACGGUAACGGCUACAUCACGGCGGCGGAACUCGCCGGAUCCAUGGCCAGAAUGGGUCACCCUUUGACGUACCGCGAGCUCUCCGAAAUGAUGGGCGAGGCCGACACCAAUGGCGACGGCGUCAUUAGCUUUAACGAAUUCUCGACCCUCAUGGCCAAGUCCGCCUCCGAUUUUCUUGGCCUCGCGGUCGCAUAGGAACAUGAAUGGCGUGAGAGAUGAUGGAUGGUUUGACUUGGUCUCCUUGACCAUAAUUUCUCUAUGUUUAAUUAAUUAAUUAAUUUUUCUUUCUCCAUCUGUUUUCAGCUGACUUCUCAUUGAGUGGAACAAUCUAUGAUCAGCUCAUGAACAUUAUAAUAUCUGACAUCUACCCUAUUAGAGGUUUCUGUAGACAUUUCAUGUAAAAAUUAAUUAUUCUCGUUAAUGUU